CUGCCGGCCCCGUGAUGGUGCGCCUCGGGCUGCGGCGGGUGGAGGACAGCGUGGCCGCCAAACACCCGGCGCUGCAGCAGUACGCGGCGUGCCAGGCCCACGCCUUCAUGAAGGGCAUCGGCACCUUCCUGGCAGGCGGCGGCGCUGCUUUUGCCGUGCAGAAGCUGGUGAACAAGAGGCUGCCGUACGCGCUGCAGUGGAACCUGCUGCUGUCUGUGGCGGCAGGGUCCUUGGCCAGCUAUAUGGUGACCAGAGUGGAGACGCAGAAAUGCUCGGACUUCUGGAUUUACUUGGAGACGGGCACAUCCCCGCAGGAGCACCGCACGGCUGAUGGAGCGCCUCAGCCUGCAGACAAUCUGUUCGGCCUGGAGGAUGCAGAGAGAGUGCCACCACCCGUGAGGAGGAACAAGUACGGGGACAUCGUGGAGUAGCCAGGAGCACGGUGUGCUGUGCCCACAUCCUGCUGCUGCCCUCAGCCCUUCUGUCUGCUUGGUGUGCCCCUGCAGUGUGGGAGACAUCUGCAGUGCUGCUGGGGAGCUCAGGAGACCCCCCAGCAGUUGUGUGUGAGCACCCAAUAAAAGUCCUGAGCUGAAUGCA